AAAUAAAACACAGACCGGGACCCUCCCCUUCUACACCACAAUCUCCAGUUCCUACAUUUUCUCGUCGUACCAAAUCCUGCCAAGUUCCUGAAACAUCUUCCAGGACAUUAACUCUACCAUUUCCCUUCCAACAUGGCUUCGGCUUCUGUCAUCCCAAUCGACGAUUCUUCUUCGACUGAUGUUUCCGGACUUCCCCUUCGUGAUAUCCCCGGCGAUUAUGGUCUCCCUUUCAUCGGCCCCAUCAAAGAUCGACUUGAUUAUUUCUACCAUCAAGGCGUUGAUGAGUUCUUCAGAUCCAGAGCUCAAAAGUACCAGUCGACGGUGUACAGAGUCAACAUGCCACCUGGCCCUUUCAUCUCCAGUAAUCCACGCGUGAUCGUCUCGCUUGAUGGGAAGAGCUUUCCUGUUCUUUUUGAUGUAAGCAAAGUCGAAAAGAGAGACCUUUUUACUGGCACUUAUAUGCCCUCCACAAAACUAACGGGCGGCUACCGUGUGCUCUCAUACCUUGACCCUUCUGAGACGAGACACAGCCAACUCAAGAAACUCUUGUUCUAUCUUUUGAUGUCUCGAAGCAGUCACAUGAUCCCUGAGUUCAGUUCGACUUACACCAAACUGUUUGAAAGUCUGGAGAAGGAUCUUGCCUCCAAGGGCAAAGUCACUUACAAUAGUCCCGGCGAGCAAGCUGCAUUUAGCUUCUUGGGUCGGUGUUACUUCGGCGUAGAUCCUGUGGAUACUCAACUCGGGACUCAUGGACCUACUAUAAUAACUAUAUGGGUACUGUUUCAUCUCGCUCCUAUUAUCACAGCGGGCCUUCCGGCAUUCCUGGAAGAACCCAUCCUUCACACCUUUCCUCUCCCGCCGUUUCUCAUCAAGAAAAAGUACAAGCGACUCUACGAUUACAUCUCCUCCUCCGCUGGAUCCGUGCUCGACGAGGCUGAGAAGAUGGGGCUCUCGAGAGAAGACGCCUGCCACAACAUCCUUUUCGCUACGUGCUUUAAUACCUUUGGUGGCAUUAAGAUCUUCUUCCCAAGCAUACUGAAGUGGAUCGGCGGUGCAGGAGUCGAACUCCAUAACCAGCUAGCCAAAGAGAUCAGAACAGUUAUAGAAUCCAAUGGUGGGCAGGUGACAAUGUCUGCUCUAGAAAAGAUGCCGCUGAUGAAAUCUGCUGUCUACGAAGUAUUCCGUAUCGACCCUCCGGUACCGUUUCAGUACGGGAAAGCAAAGAGCGACAUAAUUAUUGAAAGUCACGACGCAGCGUAUAAAGUGAAAAAAGGGGAGAUGAUAUUCGGGUAUCAACCUUUCGCGACGAAAGAUCCCAAAAUAUUCGAUGACCCUGAAAAGUACGUGGCAGAUCGUUUCGCAGGCGAAGGAGAAAAAUUAUUGAAGCACGUACUGUGGUCAAAUGGGCGAGAGACAGAAAGUCCAACGUUGGAAAACAAACAGUGCGCGGGUAAAGAUUUCGUGAUACUUAUAUCUAGACUCUUGGUGGUGGAAUUGUUUCGACGAUACGACUCGUUUGAAGUCCAAGUUAAGACAACGUCAUUGGGGCAUACCGUCGUGAUUACGUCGUUGAAGAAGGCAAGUUUCUAGGGCAUGCAGUUGUGUAACAGUUGAAUAAAAUUGCAAAUGUUGCAGGUAAUGUAUAAUUUUAUCUUUAAAUCUUGUGGGUCAUGUGUACUGGAAAUAAAAUGGGAAUCGGAAGGUUUGAUUUAGCGAAAUGUAAUUCUUGAUUUUGCUAAACCCUGCAGUUUCCCCUCAACUAAUAAAAUUAUCUAUUGCAGAUUUGUGUUU